AUGGAUAAAAAGGGCUUCUCAUGCCUUCUCUCUUGGUUUCUGAUUUUUUUGCUUCUGCAGCUACAGAUACAAAGAGGAAGUGGGUCAAAUGCAACAUCGAAAGGAGUGAUCAAGUUGAGAGUAGGGGUACCCAAGAAAGAUGGUUUCACCCAAUUUGUGAAAGUUGUUUGGGACUCUCAUGAAAAGAAGUACAAUGUCUCUGGAUAUUGCAUGGAUGUUUUCAAUGCCGUUGUAAACCUCUUACCCUUCAAGGUUUCUCUAGAAAUCGAACCAUUUGUUAAUGAAUCAAGAGAGACUGCUGGAUCAUACGAUACACUUGUCCAACAGGUCCCAACAAAGUAUGAUGUUGUGGUAGGGGAUGUAACAAUCGUGGCCAAUCGUUCAAAAUCUGUAGAUUUCACACUGCCAUUUACAGAAUCAGGAGUUACAAUGCUAGUACCAGUUCAACAUGACAAACACAAAACCAUGUGGAUUUUUGUCAAACCCUUCAGCUGGGAUCUUUGGUUAAGCAUAGUCAUAGUUUCUAUGUUCAUAGGGAUUGUCAUACUCAUCAUGGAAAGAAAUGUAAAUUCCCUCCCUAAUCAGGAAGGUUCACCAAAUCGAAAACAGCUCAGCGCAUUAAACAUAUUAUGGUUUCCAAUAUCACAAGCCGUUCUUCCUGAAAGACAGGUAGUCGCCAAGAACUGUUCCAGAUUUGUUUUGAUGGUUUGGCUUCUAUUGGCGUUUGUCCUCAUGCAAAGUUACACUGCAAACCUGACAUCUAUAUUGACCUUAGAUCAGCUGCAACCAAGUUUUCUUAGAGUGGAUGAUCUAAAAAAUGGGGAUUAUUAUGUUGGAUAUCAAACUGGCUCUUUCGUUUAUGAUAUGUUGGUACAGCGAUGGAAGUUUAACCCAUCAAAGCUGAGGGCUUAUAGCAACAUUUCUGAGUAUCACCAUGCUCUAAAUAUUGGAAGCCAACGUGGGGGUGUAGCAGCUAUAUUUGAUGAACUACCCUACCUUAAAGUCUACCUUAAAAAAUUUGGAUCCAAUUACAUCAUGACCGGCCCCACCUAUCGAACUGAUGGGUUUGGUAUUGCAUUCCCUUUAAACUCAAAUCUUACCGCUCACUUUUCAAGAGCAAUCUUGAAUGUGACUGAAAGUGAUUUAAUGGAUAAGAUUGAGGAAAAAUAUUUUGGGAAGAAUGAAGGAGGAGGACAAGGACAAGACCAGCCUGCCCAAUUGUCUUCCGCAACUCCAAGUCUCACCUUUUAUAGCUUUGCAGGGCUCUUCUUGAUCACCGUGGUUGCUAAUUUAUUAGCAUUACUCGUCUCAGAAACUUUUAUUUGGCAAAGACCCAUUUUGAUGGCUAAAACAUACAGUCAGAGGUAUUUGUUCCGCACUCCAACUUCCAAAGAAACAAGUGUUCAUUCAAGUCAUGAUUCAACGCAGGGAAUAGAAGCCGUUUAA